UUCUCCCGUUGUUGCAACCCGAUUUUUUCUUUUCGCCACUCGGCCAUGGCAAAGCAUGUUGCACAUGCCCGCUCGAGACCUCGCUUGCCAACGUUGGCCGUCGCUCUCCUCCUGGUGGCGAUCUUUCGAGGUCUGAGAGCCACGUCGGCAUUGGCAUGGCUGGCUCCACCAGGCGGGGACGAGACUGCGGAGUCGAGGUCUACCGGACGCCGUUUCCUGCUGCAGGAAUCUGCCGUUGCAGGGACUGCAGCCUUUUGGAUGCCCGAAGAGGCUCAGGCUUUCAGGCAGGAUCGCAUUUUCAAUGCCAAGCAGACGCUGGUUCCGAAGAUCCGAAAGUACUAUCAGAAGCUAGAAGGCUUGCGAGAUGAUCUCAUCUUGCAAGUGGAGAUUGAGGCUGGAAAUCGCGUCGAGUACCAGGCUCGACCCGCGGAUUGGUACUCUGGCCUCGAUGGAAGGUUCGAUGGGUUCCUCAGCUUUCCUGGAGUCCAAGAUGCGCGGUUUGGAUGCAAUCCUUACACCAUCAAGCCUGGCUCCGUGGUUCUGGUGGCGCGGGGCAUCUGCACCUUCCAGCAGAAGGUCCAGAUGGCAAAGGCUGCAGGGGCCAAGUCCAUCAUCGUCUUUGACGAGAGGAUGUCGAAGGCCCCGCUGGAGCAGCAGAACAGGACUGGCCGUGUCACUAGCAAAGGCAUCCAGAGCUGGAGCGCAGGAGACGCUCUGAGCGGAGCUGCCACUGUGCCAAUUGAGAGGGGCAUGACGAUCAUGAGCGUACCGGCGGAGCUGGGCAAGGCCGAGUUGGACGGAGCCAUGAUCCCGCGUGCGAAUGGCACGAGCGUCGUGGAGGCCAUCCAAAACGGGCUCACGCCGCGAGUCCUGGAUGUGAAGCGUUCGAAGUUCGAGGAUGGGAUUGACAAGUUCAUCAAGAAGGACCUCCCAAAGCUCAUGACCGCCAUGGAGGGCUACAGCCUCAUCCAGCGCGUCUCCAAAGCCGACAUGUCGGAGCCCAUUGUGGCGCAACUGAAAGCCGACCGCCUGGAGUUCGAGCAGGCAGUGAAGAACAGAGACUAUGCAGAGAUUAGAAGGACCUUCAAAGAGUGGAACGGUCACUUGGAUUCCGAGAUCGGCACCUGGGAGUUGGCCGAAACCUUCUGAGAGCGGAGUGGUGGGGGAUCGGUGCGUCUUUUUGGAGGUCGGAGCCCCAUGGAUUUCAAUGGUCCUGGCGGGUCUCCCG